GAGAAAGUUUAAGAGGGUGCCGGCGUCAGUGGGUUUGAUCAUGUCGCUCACAGCUUACCAGACGGCACUAAAUGAGUCAAACUUCAUUCUAAUAGCCGACGCACCAGUGACUUAUGCAUGUUUGAAUAAUUCCAGCUGCAAAGUUUUCUGGGCAAGAAAUGGGCGAUGGGCGAUGGGUGAUGAGCAGUGGACAGUGGACAGUGGGUGCACCGGUAGACCGACCAUGAUACAAUGGACAAUCAAUGUGAACACUGCCGGCAGACAAACAGAUGCGGAAGACACGUUCCUUUUUUGAAGUUGGCGCCGUCGUUUAUCUGUCUCGUGUGGGCAAUGUAGCCA